UGAGCUGAUCCGAUUACAUAACCUAACUUUUAGCGUGUAGUUCGUGCAAAAUAUUUAUCAUGCCGUUUCUCACUAGUAUCCUUCGUAAAUCCUUUCUGCAAUCUUACCAGAGUAAGCUAACAGUGGUGAGAAAUCGGCUGGACAGUAUAGCUUUCCCGGAACGCCUGAAAGGUACCAUUGUAGAGAAAUGGGCAAAUUACUGGAAGCAACUCUUGCUCGAUUAUCAAGAAGUUAUCGUUGGAGUGGGCAAGGAUGCCCGGGAAAAGCCAUUGAAGGCCACAAUCAUUGCUUCACUAUGCGGAGGACUAUACUAUUGCAGCCAAAACAAUCCAGAUGAAGAAAAUUUCCUGGAAAAGCUGAGACAGUAUCAGAAUGCAAUGAGUUUGGUCCAUGAAAGCCUCCACAAUCCUGCCUCCAAGGAGCAUUUGUUAAUGGUGGAGAGGAGUCACAAUUCCGGACAGCUGAGAAGAUUAUCCUUAGGAGUGAUAUCAUUCAUGUGGCUAGAUGAUUUCAGCAAGGAAACAGCCACAUAUCGAGCAACCUGCAGCUAUUUGAAGCCUGAGUGGUCAACAUUUCAUCGCCGGAUCAUAGAUACUGGAUUCCUGGGUCAGUGGUGGAACUUUAGACGCAAGAUGACGGACUAUGAUAUUAAUUAUUAGAAUUUAGAAAUUAAAAUAUUACAAAAUGGUAGAUAAAAUUAAGAUUUUUUGAGAUUGUCCAGUUCCUGGGUGACUUCUUCUAGUUGUUCAAAGAAUUUGGACAAUUGACUGUGAUCGUUUUUUAGUAGGACCAAAUCACCAGCCAAAGUCUUCAUCUGGAUAACUCCCACUGGUGUUUUCUCCUUUUCUCUGGCCUCUGAAGAAAGAUCUACUUCCAGAUUCCACGUGAUGUCUUGCAACUCAUUUGUCUGUCCAGACUCGGUCUCGAGAUUAUCCAGGAUAGGUUUCUGUACUCGAAUCCAGUGUUUAAUAAAAGCUUCUGCCUUUUUUUCCUCAAA